AUGAUCCCGCGACAGGGCUAUGCGCCUACUCCGCAUAGCUAUGUUCCGAACACGAGCCUUUCUGCGACCAUUAACCUCGACGAAGAAGUCAAGCUCACAAAUACCCGCGCCGAGCGUGAUCUUCAAGAGUCUCUCGCCGAGCUCUUUAGCAUCAUCGUCACAUUAGACGAGCUCGAAAAGGCGUUCCUGAAAGAUGCCAUCCCCGAGGCCGAGUACACCGAGAUCUGCGAGCGGUCGCUGAGGCAGUAUAAGGCGCUGCUGGCCGAUGAGACCAUCGCCAACGAGUUCCAGGGUCUUGAGGAGUUCAAGGCCAAGUGGGAUCUCGAAGCCCCCCGUGCCACCGAGCGCAUCCGCGUCGGCAUGCCAUCCACAACCAUCGACGCAUCCUCCUCCGCCCCCGCUCCAGCCCCCGCGGCGGCAAACAACACGAGCGGCGUUCUCAUCCUCGAGGCGACGCAAGAGUUCAUCACGUUCCUCGACGCCGUCAAGCUCGGCCUCCUCUCCAAGGACCAGCUGCACCCUCUCCUGUCGGACGUGAUUCAGUCCGUCAACCGCGUCACUGACAAGGACUUUGAGAACCGCGGCAAGAUCGUCCAGUGGCUCAUCACCCUCAACCAGAUGAAGGCCACCGACGAGCUGAGCGAGCACCAGGCCCGCGAGCUCGAGUUGGAUAUUCAGCAGGCGUACCAGGGGUUUAGACGGACUUUAACGUGA